AUGUAUUAUCUGCUUUUAGAAUUGAUGGAGAAACGCGCGCAAGUAAUACGCACGGGAAAAACACCAGCGAGAACGUUAAAGGAUCGUUAUGUAACCAGUACGUUAUGGCUAAGUAACAAUCUAUUGAGCUCCAUGGAAGGUCUUCAACGUCUCGUGGAUAGAGUUCUCGAUGAUCCAAUAUAUCUCAGCUGGUUAGAUCUUUCCUUUAACGAGAUAAGCGAGAUCGGGGAAGAUAUUGAGAAAUUUAUAAACUUGAAGAUACUCUAUUUGCAUGGCAACAAAAUUUCAAAUAUCGCAGAUACUGUGAGACUGAGAAAACUACAGAAUCUCAGAUCAUUGACAUUACAUGGUAAUCCAAUCGAGGAUAUUCCCUGCUACAGGAGUUACAUCGUACAUCUUCUCCCACGGCUGCUUGUCCUAGAUUUUUCGCCGGUGAUUGCUGCUGAGAAAAAAAAGGCAUUACCUAUAGGAUUUUUUAAAAUGAUACAGCCUGGAGUGUGAAUAUAAAAUUUUAUUUUUUUUAUAUUGUUGCAUA